GUGGUAGAAGAAGUGACGUCGGCUCGCGCGGCUGGCGGGAUGGAGUUGCAGCAGCAGCAGCAGCAGCAGCAGCAGCAGCAGCUGAGAAACUUGCGGGAUUUCCUGUUGGUCUACAAUCGAAUGACAGAACUCUGCUUCCUGCGUUGCGUGCCCAGCCUGCACCACCGAGCUCUGGACGCCGAGGAGGAGGCCUGUCUGCACAGCUGUGCUGGGAAGCUGAUCCAUUCCAACCACCGCCUCAUGGCCGCUUAUGUGCAGCUCAUGCCUGCCCUGGUACAGCGCCGCAUCGCAGACUACGAGGCUGCCUCGGCUGUGCCAGGUGUUGCUUCGGAACAGCCCGGAGCCUCCCCGUCAGGCAGCUAGCUAUUCCCACCCCACUAGGGGAGGUACUGGAGGGACCCUCAGAUUGAGGGAGCCAGUAGACCUUGGGCUGGGUGAAGCUUGUACAGAGAGAGUGAGGGGAUGCCUGAGAGCUGAGUACCGUUAUGUCUUUUCCUGGAGCCAAUAAACUGGCUUUUUACUCCUUUUGAUUUCUAUUCUGGGAAGGAAAACUUUGUCUGCUUUAUUGGCACCAUCCUUUGUUCUGUUAGUUAGUGCAUAUCUGCUAACUUCAGACCUGGCAGCUGAGAAAUUACCUUUAUAUGCAGAAGGAAAACCUCAGCAGUCCCAGACCCUUGGCUAAAGCAGAAUUUGUGGGUACAAUUUCAAGGCUGGUAAAAGCAAUAGGAAUUUGGUUCCUGCCCAGGCAACAGAGAAGAUGGGAGCUCUGUCUUGCUGUCCUUGAAACUUAAAUGGCUCACUCCUGAGCCAAAUCUCCAUUAAUAACUGUUUUUUCAUGUUCUGUGUCUUAUGAGAAAGGAUUCUGCCAGGUUGCAGGAAGGGAGGUGAUAUCUCAGAGCAACAGAUCAGAAAACCAAAGGACUUUGAGGCACUAUCUCCUAGGAAGUCAGUGGCCCCAGAGCAAAAAUGAAACCUUGUAAAAGUUCUAGAUCUUCAUCCAUUUUCUGAGGUUGUACUUUAUUAUUAUUUUCUGUCUUCCCAAGAUGAGCAGUAAAACCUUUGAACAAAGAAGGUAUGUGUGCUUGUCUUCCAGGGCAGUCAGGAAGGGGAAAACUUGAGGAACAAUAUUCUACAAUACAUGCAGACUUGAGGGAAAGAAACUUCAGGGAGAAGUAGAUUGUAGUAACUGGAAAAAAAAAAAAGGAUAAAACCAAAUCUUUAGUGUCAGGACACUAAAU